CCUCCUCGUCCUCCUGCUGCCGCAAUACUUCACACUAAAACACAAGACCUCCUUAUACACAGCCCACUCCCUCAUCUUCAACCUCCAUCAACGCUUCUGCUUCUAUCUACGGUGUGGUUUAUCCUACAAACUAGCCAUCAUGGUUUCCCAUCGGGAGUUCGUGACUGCAGGGAAGCAGCCCGGCCUGCAGGUGUGGCGUAUCGAGAACAUGGACCUGAAGCCGGUCCCUAAAGCCCUGCAUGGCAGCUUCUACACUGGGGAUGCCUACCUGCUGCUCUACACCACCUUAGCCCCCUCAUACAACAUACACAUGUGGAUGGGGGAUGAGUGUUCACAGGAUGAGAGCGGAGCGACGGCCAUCUUUGCUUCCCAGCUGGAUGACUUCCUGGGUGGUGGUCCAGUGCAGUACAGAGAGGUGCAGAAUGCCGAAUCCAAUACCUUUCUGGGGUACUUCAAGUCCGGAAUCAAAUACCAGAAAGGAGGCGUGGCCUCAGGUUUCCAGCAUGUGGUGACGAAUGACAUGAACGUGAAGCGCCUGCUGCACAUCAAGGGUCGGAGGGCCAUCAGGGCCACAGAGGUGGACAUGAGCUGGUCCAGCUUCAACAAAGGAGACUGCUUCAUUAUUGACCUGGGCAAGGAUGUGUACCAGUGGUGCGGCAGUGAGUGUAACCGUUUUGAGAAAUUGAAGGCCGCUCAGGUCACCAUCGACAUCAGGGAUAAUGAGAGAAACGGUCGAGCCAAACUGCAUGUAGUGAACGAGGGGGAGGAGCCAGCUGAAGUCAUAGAGGCUCUGGGGCCCAAACCCAACAUUGCCCCUGCUACUCAGGAUGAUGAGAAGGUGGACAGCUCCAACAGGAAGAAGGGUGCCCUCUACAUGAUCUCUGAUGCAUCCGGUUCGAUGACGGUGUCCGUUGUGGCUCCCUCCAGUCCUUUUAAGCAGGCCAUGCUUUCUCCUGAGGAGUGCUACAUCCUGGACAACGGGGUGGACAAGAACAUCUUUGUUUGGAAAGGUCCCAAGGCGAACAUGUCGGAGCGCAAAGCAGCCAUGUCAGCAGGUCAGAAGUUCAUCAAAGACAAGGGAUACUCCAACAGGACUCAGAUCCAGGUCCUCCCUGGAGGAGCUGAGACAACUCUGUUCAAGCAGUUCUUCGGCGACUGGAGGGACAAAGAUGAGACUACAGGUCCCAGUAAGGCCUAUACCAUCGGCAGCAUAGCCAAAGUGGCGCAGGUGCCCUUUGAUGCCUCCACCCUGCACUCCAAUAAGGCCAUGGCUGCACAGCAUGGCAUGGUGGAUGAUGGAAAAGGCAAAGUUCAGAUUUGGCGCGUUGAGAACGGCGACAGGGUGCCUGUGGAUCCUAGCACCCAUGGUCACUUCUUUGGCGGAGACUGUUACCUGAUCCUCUACAGCUACAGACAGGGCAGCCGCGAGCAACACAUCAUCUACACCUGGCAGGGGCUGAAGUGCACACAGGACGAGCUUGCGGCCUCAGCCUUCCUUACAGUGAAGCUUGAUGACUCAAUGGGAGGAUCCCCGGUUCAGGUGAGAGUGACACAGGGCCAGGAGCCUCCCCACCUGAUGAGUCUGUUCCAGGGCAAACCCAUGAUCAUCCACAGCGGGGGAACAUCCCGUAAAGGUGGACAGUCUCAGUCUGCCAGCAACCGUCUCUUCCACAUCAGGCAGAGCUCCUCCCGUGCCACCCGUGCUGUGGAGGUCGAGGCCACUGCAUCCAGUCUGAACACCAACGAUGUGUUUGUGCUGAAAUCUUCCAGCGGCAUGUUUGUAUGGCGGGGCCUGGGAGCCAGCGAUGAGGAGAUGCAGGCUACCAAACCUGUGGUGAGCUUCCUGGGGGGCAGUCCCAGCCAGGUGGCAGAGGGCAAAGAGCCAGCUGAGUUCUGGUCCGCUCUUGGCGGUAAGAAGGAAUAUCAGACCUCAAGGAGUCUGCAGAAACUGAUCAACCCUCGUCUGUUUGGGUGCUCCAACAAAACUGGAAGAUUGAUCGUUGAAGAAGUACCAGGGGACUUCACCCAGUCAGAUCUGGCCACGGAUGAUGUCAUGCUCCUGGAUACCCAGGACCAGAUCUUCCUUUGGGUCGGGAAUGAUGCUAACGCAGAGGAACGGACUGGUGCUCCUAAAAUAGCUAAAGACUACGUGGAUUCAGACCCAUCUGGUCGCAAAGGAGUGCCCAUCACCACCAUCAAACAGGGAGCAGAGCCUCCCACUUUCACAGGCUGGUUCCAGGCCUGGGAUCCCAAGAUGUGGGAGACAGAUCCUUUAGACAGAAUCCGUGCCAGAUUCUAAACCUGAAACCUCCUCAGACUCUUUGCCCCCAUUCUGUCUCUUUACCUGCACUUCCUAAUGCAGAUUCUGAUUUCUAAUGCCAGUCCCUAAGUGCCAAAACCAAUGUAAUCACAGUUAUCAGGUUAAAUGGCCGCCUUUAUGCCUUGGUCACGUUGCAGUGCAUCAGACUACACAAACAGGAAUGCAUCAUGAUACAAGUCGAAUGACAUUCAGAAGCAACAUCGUCUUUAAUUGUUGAAAGUGGUUUAUUGAUCUGUUGCUAUCAGCUUUCCCCUUCUCACAUCCAUCUAAACUCCUAGAAUAGAAAACAGGAAAACAAGUCAUUUAAGACAGCAGAAGAUGUCCUGUUCAAGUCUUACUGCAUGCGCUCAGAAAACAUAUCAUGCUUUCCUUUCUGUCUUUUUCCAGAAUGAACAUGUAAGUCAGAAACACCACUCCACUGCACUGUUUCCUUAUGUGCUUUGUUUACUCAUUGGUACUUAAAUGUUUUUAAAUUACCAGAAGUUGCAUGCUGUGUUUUAUUUUUUAUCCUUUUCUGUGCUUGUGAAAUUUAAAAGGCAUACUUUGGUUUGUACGCACGUAUGUUGUGUUGACCUUUAAAUGCUCAUUUGGAUUGGUUUUAAAUAAAACUCUCCAAAUUCAAA